GUUGGGUCCUCAUUUUAAAUCCAACAUGGCGGCGUCCGUGCGCGUGAGCUGUGUCCUCCGCGUUACACUCGGGGGAGCCCUGUCCCUCCGUCCUCUCGCAGGAGCCGUUGUCCACACGGCUCCUCUGUCCCGGGUAUCGGCUCUCUGUCUGCAGAGAGCCGCUCUGCCUCCAGCUCCAAUGUGGCAACAGACAAGACACGGCAGCUUUUUCAACAAAUUGACGGCGGCGGAGUUGUGGAGAGGUGUCCUGGCUGAGACCGGGGCCGGAGCGAGGAAAGGCAGAGGGAAGAGAACCAAACGUAAACUAAAGCGGGACCUGAACCGUGGACAGAGCCUUGGAGAAGGUCGUGGUGGUUUCCUGUGGCCGGGCCUGAACGCUCCCAUCCUGAAGGACGGAUCUGUUCAGAAUAUGUCCCGCAGAGGUGAAGCUGAGCAGCAGGUGGUGCAGGCGGAGCUAGUUCGUCAGAGAGAUGAGUGGGAGAAGAAGAAAAGGUUAAAGGUGAAGAGGGAGCGAGGAUGGACCGGUAACUCGUGGGGAGGCAUCAGUCUGGGACCUCCGGAUCCUGGUCCAAAUGGAGAAACCUUUGAAGACUUUGAUUCUCGUGUGAUUGAGGUGAAGAGCGUCUUCAACAUGACGGCCAAAGAGGGCAGGAAGAGGUCGAUCAGCUGUUUGGUCGCUGUGGGAAAUGGCAAUGGAGCUGCAGGUUUUGCUGUGGGUAAAGCAGCAGAUAGAAACACAGCUCUCAGAAAAGCUAAAAACCGAGCCAUUCACUUCUUGUACUUUAUCGAACGAUUCAACAACCACACAAUCUAUCACGACAUCGACUCAAAGUUCAAAAGGACGAAGCUGCGCAUGAAGAAGCAAAACAAAGGCUACGGUUUGCACUGCCAUCGGGCCGUCAUCACUCUCUGCAGACUCAUCGGCAUUGAGGACAUGUACUGCAAAGUCGAAGGAUCUGUCAAUCUCCUCAACAUCACCAGGGCACUUUUCAAGGGCUUAGCCAAUCAGGAAACCCACCAGACUCUAUCGGACAAGAAAAGGCUGCACGUGGUGGAGUUUAAGUCAGAACGUGGACCGCUGCCCCUAGUGGUGGCCAGUCCUAAGACGGGCGUGCGACUGGAGCCCCAACCCGAGGACGAGAUCCCCGACACCAAACUGCACUGGGACGACGUGAGGGCCGCACAGGGCAUGAAGCGCUCCAACUGGGCCACGGUCAAACGCACCAUCUGGUAGAAGGACCGUAGAGACAUGUGAACACGAGGAAUGUGGAGAUAUCUGGGCUCGGACUGACUUAAAAACUCUUAAACAUACAGCUCAUAAUUAUGAUAACAGUUGUGUAUCCAACCAGAACACCUGCUGUACAAAAUAUUAUAUUCAAAUGUUAUUAUAAAUGGUAAAAUAAAUGUACAGUUGGAAGUUA